CCUUACUCCGGCUUCCCUUCCGUGCAAGCACAUCUCUUUUGGCAAAGCAUCACGGCCGUCAAUUGACAAACCACCUGCUCAGCGACAACAACCUCGCUGUCCUGGGCCGUCCUUGUCCGAGUACCAUGGCACAACCGAGGUUCCAGGGCUGGAUCGGCCAUGACAAGGAGUCGGUCAAUGGCAAGCUCGUCUGGGGCGACUUUGAGCCCAAGCGGUGGGAGGAGACCGACAUUGACAUCAAAAUCACACACUGCGGCAUGUGCGCCAGCGACCUGCACACUCUUUCCAGCGGGUGGUACAAGUCGCCCUACCCCAUCGUCGUUGGCCAUGAGAUUGUCGGCCGCGUCGUGCGCGUGGGCUCCAAGGCCGUGGGCAACCACAAGGUCGGCGAUCGCGUCGGCGUCGGCUGCCUCACAGACUGCUGCAUGUCGGUGCAGGACAAGCCCUGUGACCGCUGCGCCGAGGGCCAGGAGAACUACUGCCUCAAGUCGCGCUGGACGUACCCGGGCCCGCACCACAAUGGCGACAAGGGCUGGGGCGGCUAUGCGACACACCACCGCUGCCCGGGCCGCUUCGCGUUCAAGAUCCCAGACGCAAUCGGCUCGGCGCAGGCCGCGACGCUCAUGUGUGCCGGUAUCACCAUGUACGCACCCCUCAAACACAACAACAUCGGGCCCGGCAAGUCCGUGGGCAUCGUAGGCAUCGGCGGGCUGGGCCACUACGGCGUCCUGCUCGCCAAGGCCAUGGGUGCAGACCGCGUCGUGGCCAUCUCCCGCAAGCGCUCAAAGAGGGAUGAGGUCCUCGCCCUGGGUGCCGACGACUACAUUGCGACAGAUGAAGACGAGAAGUGGGACAGGAAAUACCGAGGCAAGCUCGAUCUCGUCGUUUCCACUAUUGCUUCCAGCAAGGCACCAACCGGGUCAUACCUCAAGAUGCUCAAGUACAAAGGAUCUUUAGUGCAGGUCGGCAAUCCAGACGACGGGCAGAUCAGCAUUCCUCAGGGACUACUUAUCGGUCAGAAACUCAGCUUUUCUGGCUCGACGAUCGGCUCCGCUGGCGAGAUUAGGGAGAUGCUCCAACUUGCAGCCGACAAGGGCAUCAAGGGCUGGGUGCAGGAGAGGCCAAUGAAGGAGGCAAACCAGGCUCUACUUGAUAUCGAGGCUGGCAAGCCGCGGUAUAGAUACUGCUUGGUCAAUGAGGAUGCGAACAAGGCGUCACUUUAGAGGGUCAAGACUAGACGAAUACACGGCACUUUUGAUUCUUCGUCUUGACCCUCGCGUGCCGGAAUCACGCGAGCUAUUGCCAGGCUACGUGAGCAGGCGUGAGCGGUUCGUGCGAUAUGACUAUUUUUG